AUGACCAGUACGAAAUGUGCCCUUGUAAUACCACGGGAGGACUUCCGUGAAUCUAUUUUAAGCUUCCAAGUAUACCUAACUCUUGACGAUAGAGGUGUUAUGGGAGGUCUUUUGACGCUGCCCUCCUUCGCAUCAACGUUCCCUGAAAUCGACCUCACGGAGAAGACCAAAAAGACUUUAACUUCUGCUGAGGCGAGCCACAGAUCUAAUAUCCAAGGUAUUUCGGUUGCGUCUUACAAUGUUGGCUGCUUUUUUGGUUCAAUUGUCUGUAUCUGGAUUGGCGACAUCCUUGGGCGCCGGAAAACUAUAUUUAUCGGAUCUGUGAUCAUGGUGGUUGGGGCUGUUCUGCAAGCCUCUGCAUUCAGUCUUGCGCAUUUCGUUAUAGGCAGGGUUAUCACGGGUCUAGGAAAUGGCUUGAACACCUCUACCGUCCCAACCUGGCAAUCGGAAUGUUCAAAAUCUCACCGCCGCGGCCAACUGGUCAUGGUCGAAGGGGCUCUGAUCACGGGUGGUAUUUGCCUCAGCUACUGGCUGGAUUUCGGUUUCUCAUUCCUCGAGCCCAGCAGCGUCUCCUGGAGAUUCCCGGUCGCCUUCCAGAUUGUUUUUGCCGGUUUCAUUCUUGCCACCGUGAUGCUACUACCCGAAUCUCCCCGGUGGCUUAUCCUCAAGGGCAAAGAAGACGAAGCACUGAACGUCCUAGGAGCACUGAGCGAUUUGGCAGCUGAUGACCCUUAUAUCAACAGGGAAUUUAUUGCCAUCAAGGAUACUGUCCUCGAAAUGCAACAGGGCGGUUUUGCUGAUCUUUUCACGAUGACUGAAGAACGUCACUUCCACCGUGUUGUCCUGGCGUACGUCAACCAGAUGUUUCAGCAGAUCUCCGGUAUCAAUCUCAUCACUUAUUAUGCUGCUGUGAUUUACGAGACCAGUAUUGGUCUCAGCGGCUUCAUGUCGCGAAUUCUCGCUGCUUGCAAUGGCACCGAAUAUUUCAUAGCAUCUUGGAUCCCUGUUUUUAUCGUGGAGAAGGUUGGUCGACGCCCGCUUAUGCUUUUUGGUGCUGUUGGCAUGUCACUUUCCAUGGUUGUUUUGGCUGUUGUCACCAGCUUUGAGCGUCAAACCAAGCCUGGUAUCGUGGCGGCCGUCUUCCUGUUCGUCUUUAAUACCUUCUUCGCUGUCGGUUGGUUAGGCAUGACUUGGCUAUACCCAGCAGAAAUUGUCCCUCUUCGUAUCCGGGCACCUGCAAACGCUCUAUCAACCUCAGCAAACUGGGCAUUCAAUUUCAUGGUGGUCAUGGUUACCCCAGUGGCCUUCACCUCCAUCAAAUAUAAGACGUACAUUAUUUUCGCCGUUAUCAACGCCUUCAUCGUCCCUGUCGUCUAUAUCUUCUACCCCGAAACCGCGUAUCGCUCUCUCGAAGAAAUGGACACCAUAUUCCGCAAGACCGACUCGAUAUUCAGCGCCGUGAGAGUUGCAGCAGAGACUCCGUGUCUCUAUGGAAAGAAUGGUGAAGUCCUGAUCAACUACAAUGAAACCGAAGAGCAACAGCGCAAAUCUAGCGCUGUAGGUUUCGAGACUUAUACGGCAGAAAAUAAGCACCAUGCGAACCCAGAUCACAAAGUUGAAGCCGGCAAUUCGAGCGUUCAUAGCUCUUCCUAA